AUGGCCACCACCACCGAUGCGAAGCCGGCACCGGCACCUCUGCCGUCGUCAUUGAAGACGCCGAUGUCUGCCACUUACCCGUCUGAGCUCAAGUCGCCCAUGAUCUUGUCUGCAACAACACCCACCUUCGCCUGGAUCAAGCGGGAAGACAGCUUAAAGACACCCAUCACCCCGCCGGCAGCCUACCUGGACUUCCUCAAAACUUUGUCACCCGCCUUGAUGAGCCCUAUGUCUACUGGAACUAGCACCAGAUUUGUCUUCGAAGGUCGCCCCACAUCCAUCACCUCAUCAACCUCCAGCGGUUCCUUCACAUCCACAUCCGGCCCAGCAGACAAAGACUCGCCCGCAACCUCAAGAUCAAGCAGUUGCAGUCGAAGUGAUUCGAAGGACGGGAAAGACGAGGUCCCGAUGUCUGCUCCGCCAACCAAGAUCAGGACUCAGACCAUUACCAUCCCACCUCCAUCACCGUUCACACGGCCACAGUCGGCGCGCACACCACGUCUCUACAUUCCCCAGUCGCCUUUCUCGCCAGCAGCCAUACGGUCACCAACCAGCGCAGACUCAGCCACCAAUUCAGCCACCAACUCAGCCAUUUCUCCCUUUCCCACUGCCUCACCCAAGGUCUGGGAAGCGGAAGCCAAGAGUGGCCGUUCAAGGCGCGUCAGCGUGCGAGAGGUCGUCACCCGAACAGUGACAUAUAGCAGCACACCUGUCGACAAGAAAGCACCAAGCUUCCCGCAGAUUGACCCCGCACCGCGUGGCAAGAGGAGAAAAAUCGAGUAG